AUGUCCAACACAAACGUCGAUGAGGUUGAAAUUAUUGAAGAGGCUGUUCUGGAUUCAAAGGCUAAGCCUAUGAGCAGCUCCGGAGUGGUACCAACUGAAGAAAAGAAGACUCACCAUCAUCAUCAUUCAGAAACUAAUCAUUAUCAUGGAGAACCUAAUGAUGAUACUCUGUCGAGUACAUCAUCCAAAAGAAGUAGAGUUACUACUCGUACAACAACGACCAACGCUUCUCGUCGUGCAGCAAAAAAGAAGGACGUUCCAAACGUCUUGUGUUGCUUGUGUGGUGUGAGCACCCCUCCCAAUCCAGCAAAUAUGUGUUUGAAUUGUAUCAAAUCUCAAGUGGAUAUUACUGACGGUAUUACCAAAAGUGAGACCAUCUUCUUUUGUAGAGAAUGUGAGCGUUACCUUCAACCACCAAAGUAUUGGAUAAAAUGUGAUUUGGAAAGCAAAGAGCUGUUAACUUUAUGCUUGAAGCGUAUUCAUGGUUUAAAUAGAGUGAAAUUAAUCGAUGCCAAAUUUUUAUGGACUGAACCUCACAGUAAGCGUUUGAAAGUUAAAGUUACAAUUCAAAAAGAAGUAUUAGGUAAUGGAACAGUUCUUCAACAGUCAUUUGUUGUUGAGUUUAUCGUUAGAAAUCAACAAUGUGAAGUAUGUCAAAAAUCCCAUACUCUCUACACUUGGAAUGCUGUCGUUCAAGUAAGACAAAAACUUGAUCACAAGAGAACUUUCCUCUUCUUAGAACAAUUGAUUUUAAAACACAAUGUCCAUGAGAAGGCAAUCAAUAUUAAGGAAGAAGCAGAUGGUUUGGACUUUUUCUUCUCCGAAAAAUCUCACGCUAAAAAGCUUGUUGACUUUUUACAAAGCGUUUCUCCAAUCAAAUUGAAAACUGGAGAACGUUUAGUGACUCACGAUGCCAAAUCCAACAUAUUCAACUUUAAAUACUCAUUUUCGUUGGAAAUUGCACCAAUUUGCAGAGAAGAUUUGAUUUGCUUGCCAAAGAGAUUGAGUACAUCUAUGGGUGGUAUUGGACCUAUCGUAUUGUGUACAAAGGUGAAUAAGAAUUUAUUCUUUAUUGACCCAACUACUUUACAAACAAGCGAAUUAGAUGGAUCUUUAUAUUGGAGACAGCCAUUCUCAUCCACACUGACAAGCAGACAAUUAUCAGAGUUCACUGUUAUUGACGUUGAUUUAUUGGACUAUUCAUAUUUUGCAAAGAAUAACAACAAUCCAAAUAAUAUGCCAGCUGCCAAUGGAAAGUAUGUCCUUUGUGUAGUUCAAAUUGUGAGAAGUGAUGAAAUGAACAUGGAUCCAAUAUUUGUCAAGUCUCAUUUAGGCAAUUUGUUACAUCCAGGUGAUACUGUUUUGUGUUAUGAUUUGAGAAAGGCACAAUAUGAUGAAGGGGUUUUAUCUGAAUACAAGAACUCACAAACUGAAAAACUUCCAGAAGCCAUUAUUGUGAAGAAGGUUUACAAGAAGAGAAGAGACAGAAAUUGGGAGUUAAAGACUUUGGCCUCUGAAAAGAACUUUAACAAUCCAAAUGUUAAAGAUGAAGGCCCGCAAGGAGAUGAUGUCGUCAUGAAGAAGAAGUCAGCGAACAAGAAGACUGACAAAUUAUCAGGAAAUGAAAAACUUGAUCAGAAGAGAAAGGAAAAGGAUGUCGAAGAAUUCUAUCGUGAAUUGGAAGAAGAUGAAGAAAUGAGAUCCAAGAUUAAUAUUUUCAAAUCAAAGAAGAAACAGCCAAGUACUACCACCACAGCUACCACCACUGCAUCAUUAAGCUCUGCUCUAAAUAAUGAUAAGAACGUGGAUAGUGAAGAUGAAGAAUUUGCACCAGGAAUUGCUGACGAGGAACUUUUAGAUGAAGAUGAGUAUAACAAGAUGAGAGCAGCCAAGAAAUUGGAAGAGGAUGAGCAAGAGGAUGAUCAAGGUGACCAAAACAGUCCUCCUGAAACCUUGUCAGAAUCUUCAAAUGCCAAGCAUGAAGAGGUGAAGAUUGUUCAGCAAUAA